AUGAGGCCAUCCAUCGGCGGCGAGCGUUCGAAAAGGAGAUCGUGCAAGAGGUGGCAGCAUGGAGCUGCUGGUGCUGCCCAGCAAAGGAGGUGGACAGGCAUGACUUCGUCGUGUGAGGUGCCGCUUGGAGCUUCGCUUGAUCUGGAGAUCGCCUUAGAGCAGCACGUGCAGGGCGAGCAGAAGGGGUCCGUCCAGGUGCCGCAGCUCUUCCUCACUGAUUACGAAUCCGAGGCCGCGGCCUCCAACCG